AUGGCACAGUCCCACAUACUUUCCGCUGUCGAACCAGAUGGAUCUUGUGGUAAUACUUCCAGGGCAAGAGAACCUUCCGAAGGAGAUCUUUUAGUGCAACUUGAUGAUAGGGAUCUUUGGACGAGAUUUCGUUCACUUACGAACGAAAUGAUUGUUACGAAAAACGGAAGAAGAAUGUUUCCGGUAGUUAAGGUUUCAGUUUCCGGGCUGGACCCAGCAGCAAUGUAUACCUUACUACUUGAAUUCGUUCAAGUUGAUUCUCACAGAUGGAAAUACGUUAACGGUGAAUGGGUUCCCGGGGGAAAAGCGGAAGCGGCACCUCCAAAUCCGAUUUACAUACAUCCGGAAAGUCCUAAUUUUGGCGGUCAUUGGAUGAAAGAACCGGUUUCUUUUGCUAAAGUUAAAUUGACGAACAAAACCAACGGAACGGGACAAAUAAUGUUGAAUUCUCUUCAUAAAUAUGAACCCAGAGUCCAUUUGGUAAGAGUCGGAGUCGAGCAAAGAAGAGUUUUAACAUUUCCUUUUCCGGAAACUCAAUUUAUAGCAGUGACAGCUUAUCAAAAUGAAGAGGUUACAAGUCUGAAAAUAAAAUACAAUCCAUUUGCAAAAGCUUUUUUGGAUGCAAAAGAAAGACCAGAGAGCGUGUAUCAAAGAGAUUAUCAAACAUAUCAGACUCAAACACAAUAUUCUCAAUAUCCGAGCACUUGGUUUAAUUUAUUUCCGACUAAUUCAUCGUUAUACAAUUCGAGUUUGCCGGGAUGUGGAAGUAGCGACAGAUAUUCUCCCCAGGGAACCGCAGCAUUAAAAAGUCAUCGAAGUGUGCCGUACACGUUACCGACAAAAGAAAGUCCGAAUCCGUCGGUGGGAACCCAAACAUCGUGCAAUAUAUCAUCGAAUAAUCCGUGGACGAGUUCCGGUAAUAAUAAUAAUAUAACUUGGCCGGUUAGCACUCUGUCUUCAUCCACGCAGUCUUUUGAUAGUUUGGUCAGGACUUCCGGUUCAAAUUCUCAUCACAUUCAUCAUCCUUCGCCGAUUCUUCCAGCGAAUUCAGUGCUCUCGACUCUUAAUCCUGUUAUGUCAAUGUACAAAACAGAUUCUGGUAGUUAUGAAAAAAAUUUCACAAUCACAACUCAAUCGAACUCGUUAAGUUUAAUUAAUUAUGAUAAAUCGCAUACAUGUAGUGAAAGUUUUGAAAAAUAUUACCAAAAAACCGAAGUUCCUACCCUUGUAUAUUCAAAUAAAACACCUUCUCCCAUAAUGUCGAAUAAUAAAGACACGCCGUCACCGCCGCCGACUCUAGAUAAUUCCGGUCACGAUUCUCCAAUUUUGACCAACUAUUCCGCAGCCAGCAUCAUGACCGAUUACGAAGUUAAAAGUAAAUCCGUGCCUAAGGAACAAUCAUCAACUUCUGAAAUGACAUAUUGGAACAAUCAUCAUCAUCAUCAUCAUCAUCAUCACCAUCACCAACAACAACAGGAGCAGCAACCGCAGCCGCAACAAGUUUCAGAAAAUACACUUUAUUCAAUAAGUUACGAUUAUGGGAACGAAGAAUAUUCAAACGUGACACCCGUGUCCGGUGAUUAUCAGUUAGACAUGUUUAGAAACGAAGAAAAUAAUUUAAAAGACAAAAUUCAAUAUAACGAAUCAUAUUAUAAAACCACCACCGAUUUCAGAAUAAUAAGAGUAGAAGAUUCUGAUGAAUAUGACAAUAACAAAAGACCUGAAGAAGAUGAAAUUAAAAUUAAAUUAAAAACACAGGAAGAACAAGAUAAUGUGGAAAUGAAAGAAAAUGAGGAAAAGUCCCCGAGGGAAACUUCUUGGACGAAUUUAAGUCACUAA